AUGCACGAGGAGUUUGAAGAAGUGACGAGCUGUGAGGAUCUAACUUCAGAAGAACCAAAGAACAACUGGAGCCUUCAUUUUUCCAACGAGCCACCCAUGGAGUUUGACACCAGUGCAAACAACCAUCUCUUCUCCAGUGAGAUGGAAAAAAACUGUGAAGGGCUGGAGGACAGCUCGCAUUCAUACUGCAGCAUCUGGAUGGAAACAGAACCAGCAACGUUUAAGAGUUGGAACGGUCACUCGUUUGCCAUGGAUGCAAGGGUCAGACUGGAUCAUUUGAAGUCAGGGUGUAAUUCACCCACACCUUGCUGCGUCACGGACGAAACAUUAAACAGUCAGGAAAACGCUUGGGACGGUGAGCCCAAAGAAGAGGAGUCUGCUUUGGACUCUGUGGAGCUUCUUGAUGUAGACGAUGGUGAGCAGGAUGAAGAGAGCUGGUUAUACGAGUCUCCAAAGAAGGAGGCGACUGAGCAGAAAUCUGAGUCUGCUCUCACAUGGUGUCGACAUGUCCUGGAUAACCCCAGUCCUGAGGUGGAGGCUGCGUGUCGCCAGCUGAUGAACAGGCUGGAUGGAAGACCGAGCAGUCACUUCUACAGACAUCCUGCAGUUUUUCGUACUGGUUCUGUGGAAAAAUCAUCAGCUAACACAGCCCAGAACAUCUCCCACAGUUCAGAUAACAAUGAGCUGAGCAGCUCCAGAAACUCCAUAAACAGAAACUACAGACUGGAGGACAUCACAGACGUCCGCAUAAUGGCUCAAAUACAGGAGGCCAGUUUACGACAAGACUAUGUUUCCUCGCCUCUGAGAAGCCCUGAGUCACCUUCUUAUUUUAACACUGCAGUAGAAACUACUGACGACUUCACUCCAGGGAAUAAAACCGAGGCGUCAUUUCCCUCUCGCUGGUCGCCUCGUCUGUUGUCCCUGAGCUCUCCAUCUAGCCAUUCACCAACAUCAGCAGCCAGGCAGAGUCCAAAACUGGCCCGGCUUCACCAGCAGGUCAUCCAGUUCAAGCUGCUUAAACUGGCACAGAAUCAAGGUAGGACCAGAUCACCUGUGCGGACCAGCCUCCGCUCCCUCCAGGCUGUUAGGAACAGUCGGAGUUUUGAAACCGACGACUACCCCCCUGCUCAUCAAACCUCUCAUCCUGCAUCAGGUGCAUCAUCUACCAGAAUGGGGUCGAGCUGCUGGUCUCCAUCACUUUCUGCAGCAUCCGUGAACUCCAGCUCAGCGAGAGACCACUUGGUUCGGAUAGCGGCCAUGAAGAGGCCGCAGAGGUCUCAGUCUCUGAGCCCCUGCAGGAUCGCUCAGUCUGCUAAAGGAUACCUGUCUCGUCACGGACGCGUCUUUGCAUCUCCUGAGAGGUCGACCCCUGUGGCUUGGGCCAGAUAUGCACCACACACUCAACAGUGA